AUGUUAACGCACUGGGUCCAGAUAACAACAACAGAUUUAGUGCAACCACAGCAGUGGUCAGAUUUACGCAGUAAACAACAACCUGGGUCCAAUCCUUUCAUUCAUAGAAAAGUGAAAGCUUUUGAUCACAGGCAGAAUUGUCCGCUGACAUACAAAGACUGCGGAUCAGGGCUUAGCACACUAGUUGAUGCACUCUACAAUGGAACCGAGUGUCCAUCUCAAGGAGAUCCAGCUGUGCUCCCUAGAGGCAGUACUGUCCAGUUGUAUGUGGAUUUUAUACCCAAGGUGUCAACUCCCAAUCUGAAAGCAUCCAUUCAUGCCAUUAUUGCUAAAAUUCCUGUGCCUUUUCCUGGUGCCCCUACUGAUGCUUGUCAAGGUGCAAACAUUACCUGUCCAGUAAAGAGUGGUGUGCAGUACACAUAUGCACCAGUCUUCCCAAUCAAGAAUGAUUAUCCCUCGAUAGCCACUCUUGUGAAGUGGGAACUACAGGACGAGAGUGGAAAAGACAUUGUGUGCUUAGUGUUCCCUGUUGAAAUCAAAUAAAAUGUCUACGAUUCCUCAUCUUUCCAGAUUUUUUUAAUAAAUUAUGCUGUCUGUAAAAUUUGCAUACACCUGCUCACCCAAGACCUUUCUCUCCAUUUUUUUAAGAAAUACUUGUAUUUGAGGGGUUUGGAAAAAGGGUUUAAUUUCACCUUUUUUGAGAACACAAAAAGGAAUUUUUUGCAAACAUGUCUUUCAUCAUAUUGGGUAAGUCAGGGGAGGGUGUGUGUUGAAUUUUCUGUGCACUUAACUGCUAUAAUAAGAAGGAAACUGACAUAUUCUUUUGAGUGCCAUUUCAUUUCAUUCAAAGAAAUUUCAAGAAAUCCUAGGCAUGAUCGAAAGAUAAUUGCGACUGUAACUUUGUAGAUGUUGGAUGCUACAUUGUGAAUGUUUUGACAUUUGCUUAAGUUACAGAAUUAUUUUCAGUUAUGCUGCUUCCUUUGUAAUUGUUAUAAUUUGAUAAUGUAUCUUUUGGAUACUUUUUGCUAAGGUUUCUCAGAGUAUUUCUGCUAAUGGUCUGUCUUUGAGAAUCUCAGCAUUGAGACUAGACUGAUCUGAUCAGCAUUUUAUCUCACAGUAUCUGCAUUUCUGCAGUACAUAUGAUAUACUAGAUCUGUUGCGUCUGAAGAAUUUUUGUACCUUCUUGCUAAAACAAUAUCCAGUCACUGUUAUUUACUGUUUUGAAACUAAAAUCAGAAGAAAAUUUAUUUUUCUGCUUGAUUAUGAAAAGAAUAAGGUAGGAAUAAAUGCCCUUGUGCUGAAAAUGUUUGUGCUUCUAAAUUUAUUUGUGUGGAGAACAUGGAUUAUUUGCAAAGCAACAUUGUGAAUAAUUGUUUACUAUGGUCUUGUCAUUAAGCAAAUAAGCCUUGAUGUCAAAAAAAGUACUUAACAGGGAAGUGGAAUGAAAUUUAGUAUAAAUUCUCAGUUACAUAAAUAUGACAUUAGAAUUGAGAUAUUUUGAGUUCUGAACCGUUCUCAGUGUUUUAAAAGAAAUGCUGAAUUUUUUUAUGAUUAUUAUGUCAUGCUCGUUACUUAAGACACAGAACAGUCUAUAUUUUUGUACAUUCGUGAUUGGAAUAAAUUUCUUCAAAAGUUUUAUUUUGAGAACUUACAAAGGCAUCAGAGAGCUUGAGUGUGGUAGUAGGAGGGUGGCCUUCCUCUGAAUACCUAAUUAUUAAAUACGUAAAUCUGAGGCUUUUCAUGUCCAUGAAAUUUUUGCUUCAAAACAAACUUCAAAAGGAAAGUUAAAACCAAACUCCGGUGUGUAAAGCAUAUAGAUAUUUGUUUAAUUUAAUAUGAGAUUAUCACAGUUUUGAGGAUUGAUUACAUGAUUGACAUGGUUCACCGCAUUGCUGACUUUAACUGGACAGUCAUUAGACAGUCUAUUAAUUAAUUAAAAGAAAGCAGAGUUCCAGAAUGUGAACCAGAAAUUCCAUUGCAGACAGAUGAAGUUAGCUUUACAAUAAAAUAAUAUGUGUGAAAAAAAUGUCAUCACACUUUUGUUUAAAAUGCACUAAAAAAGGUAAACAAAAUAAAGCAACAUUGUGAAUAAUUGUC